AAUAAGGCGAUGCUUGGCCAUCGCGUGUUCACGUGGUGCGGCGCGGCCCGCAUAUAUUAAGGUCGAUUCAUCGAGCCACCUGUUAUUCUGUCAUUUGGUGCCAAGACCAGAAGACGUGCUCCGGGAACCCUAUCUUGCUUUUCUUGUUGUGUGUGAAACGAACAAAAAUCUAACAAAAUGUGUGACGACGAUGUUGCCGCUCUGGUUGUAGACAAUGGCUCCGGUAUGUGCAAGGCCGGAUUCGCCGGAGAUGACGCCCCAAGGGCCGUCUUCCCCUCCAUCGUUGGAAGACCACGCCACCAGGGUGUCAUGGUUGGCAUGGGACAGAAGGACAGCUACGUCGGAGAUGAAGCCCAGAGCAAGAGAGGUAUCCUGACCCUGAAGUACCCCAUCGAGCACGGUAUCGUCACUAACUGGGACGAUAUGGAGAAGAUCUGGCAUCACACCUUCUACAACGAGCUGCGUGUGGCCCCAGAGGAGCACCCCGUGCUGCUGACUGAAGCCCCCCUGAACCCCAAGGCCAACAGGGAAAAGAUGACACAGAUCAUGUUCGAGACCUUCAACACACCCGCCAUGUACGUGGCCAUCCAGGCUGUGCUGUCUCUCUACGCCUCUGGUCGUACCACCGGAAUCGUGUUUGACUCUGGUGAUGGUGUGUCCCACACUGUGCCCAUCUAUGAGGGUUACGCCCUGCCCCACGCCAUCCUCCGUCUGGACUUGGCCGGCCGUGACUUGACUGACUACCUGAUGAAGAUCCUCACAGAGCGUGGCUACUCUUUCACCACCACUGCCGAGCGUGAAAUCGUGCGUGACAUCAAGGAGAAACUCUGCUACGUUGCUCUGGACUUCGAGCAGGAGAUGCAGACUGCUGCUUCCAGCUCCUCCCUGGAGAAGAGCUACGAGCUCCCUGACGGACAGGUCAUCACCAUCGGCAACGAGCGUUUCCGUUGCCCAGAGGCCCUCUUCCAGCCAUCCUUCCUCGGAAUGGAAUGCGCUGGCAUCCACGAGACCGCGUACAACAGCAUCAUGAAGUGCGACGUGGACAUCCGUAAGGAUCUGUACGCCAACACCGUGCUGUCUGGUGGCUCCACCAUGUUCCCCGGCAUCGCCGACAGAAUGCAGAAGGAAAUCACAGCCCUUGCCCCACCCACCAUGAAGAUCAAGAUCAUCGCUCCUCCAGAGAGGAAGUACUCCGUAUGGAUCGGUGGCUCCAUCCUUGCCUCCCUGUCCACCUUCCAGCAGAUGUGGAUCAGCAAGCAGGAGUACGAUGAGUCUGGCCCCAGCAUCGUGCACCGCAAAUGCUUCUAAACAAACUGUAAAAAACCCAACCAAAGACUGAUAACAGAACCGGGUUUCAGGUCUCAAUAACCAUCCAGAGACUUCUUCAUAACCUUUAUCGUAAACUUGCUAUAUAAUCAAUGUCAACUCAUUCUGUGCCUAAGAUUUUGAGUUCAACGCGCACAUAAAAAAAAAUGUCCUUCAUGUUCAGUUGACGUAUCUGCAUGUCUCAAAGAUUACACAGGCCGAAAAAGUGAACUAACACAAUAAUUAAAACUUGCAAAUCUGACCCCUUUUUGAGUCGGUACUUUCUUCUAUUGGUACUAAAGUUAAACUGAAAUGUUGAAAUCUCCAACGUCGACAUUUCAAACGCGGCUUAGCAUUGUUGCUUCAGCGAUAGCAUGGUUUGAAAGAUUAAAAUCAUCCAUCAUUUUUAUUCACAUCUAGUGAAAAAACGGUAGCCCUUUGUAGGUCAACUUGGGGCGUUAGAUCUAAAGCCAUGAGACUGGACAACUCCAUGUACGCCGCCAUUUUUCUUUAUAUAACUUAAAAAACUUGUAUAUUUAGAUAAAAGAAAUUUUUGUUACUGGUGAGGGCAAUUGUUGAUUUGUGUACUAUUUUUUGACUUCUAGUGAAAACUUGCGAAGGCCAAAAAAUAAAAAAGUUGUAAUUUCUUUGUAAA